ACUGCUUUGUUGCAUCUGAUCCUCCUUCAUCAGCAUUGAAAAUUUCAACCACUUGUUGUAUGCUUGUAACGUGCCAUUUUCACCAGCGUUUGUGUAGACUGUUUUACACCGGCUUCUAGCUCGGACUGCAGCUCGGCACAACACACAGCGGAAAUGGCGAAAAGCGCAAGAGCGAGCAGAAUCAAGGCCAACAAUCAACGGCUCAAGAAGAAUGUCUUCGGGCCGGUCGAGGCAGCACGGGCAGAGCGCCUCUCCGCAAAGCUCUUGGCCAUCGCCGCUCAACCCAAGCCACAAAAAGAUGUCGAGAUGAACGAGGAGCCUGUGGAUGAGUCCAAGGAGACUGGUACUCAGAAGGACGACACAGCCAUGGAUGUAGAUGGUGCUAAGCCGGCAAGCACAAAGCCGAAGAGCAAGAGGAAAGUGGAAAAGCGGAGAAGCAAGAAGUCGUCCAUUGUGUUUCCGAUGAGGGGACCCAAGCGGAACAAGAAAUGAAGCGACGCCUGAAGAUGGAUGCCUGCAUCAAAAGGUGAUGGGCAUCUUGAUCAAGACGAUAUGACGGUAGUUCCGUUCGGAGUUGCCCGAGCCCACGGAGUUAUGCGGAUGACCCCCAAGCUAUGAAGCAAAGCCGAGACUUGAAGUUCGGUAGAUCAGCCGUUCAAGGGAUCACCCGCUCAAGAAGCUUCUCUAGAGGGCUUUAAUGGCCACUCAGCAUCUCAACGCCUCGCGCUGUUUCACACGGAGGUGAUGGAGAAACACGUAAGCCUUGGACUUGAGGGUAUGGAAAUGGGUUUCAGGGACAAGCGUUAUGCUUCGGCUUUGAGAGAUGCACGGGGGUUUGACAGCACACGCCUCCUUCCUCAUAUACCUGGAUAUGUAUAUACGUUCUAAAUAUGCUUGGAAAUAUCAAGCCUUUCAUUGUUGUGGUUUG